GCCGCUCUGGCUCGCGCACGCCAUGGCCUGGCCGCGCCGCCACGCCGCUCCCCCCUAGCCCGCCCCCAGCCCGGCCGCGGGCCCGUCGGGCGGCCGCUCCGGCCUCGCCCGGAGCGGGGGCGCCGCCCCGAGGCCCCGCGCGGGGCGCCAUGGCGGCGUGGUGGGCCCGUGCGGGGCAGGCGGGGGCCGGUGGCCCCACGGAGUACGGGGAGCGCUUCGGCCUCUCUGGCCGCGUGGCGUCCGUGGACACUUCUGGCUCCCCCCGGCCGGUGAGCAGCCCGGGAUGCCGGCCGCGGUGGUGCCGCGCGGGUGGUUUCUGCCCGCGGUGAGCUGCCCUCCCGGGGCCCAGCCUUGGGCCUCGCAGGACCACCAGAGGUCGCUCAGCUCGCCGGGUCUGCCGUCGGGCGGGCGGCUCGGCAGCGCCGGCCCGAGCGCGACGCCGCGGUCGUGCCGCACCGGGAGCAGCGGCAGCUCGCGGGACGUGCGCGGGCACCGCCGCCAGCGGGGCGGCGGCCAGGCCGAGCUGGGGCCGGCAGUGCCCCCCUCGCGAUUCGAUGUCCGAGUGCCAGACCUGGUGGCCGCGGAGCGUUGCCGCCACUGCGGCGCGAUGGCCGGGCUGUCGCGCUCGAGCAGCGGCCCUCUCAGCAUCGGGCCCGUGAUUGAGCGCGGUGGCUGGCUCGGGUCGGCGACCUGCCGCGGCGGCGUCUGGGACGCGGGGCGAAACAGCUCGUUCACGGACACCAACUGGUUCAAGUCAGGACAGCAGAGUCACGGGUCCAACCUCAGGCACAUUGCCAGAAGCUCGCCAAACAGGGUCGUGCGCGUGCAGUGAGCGGGCAGUCGCGGGGCAUGGGGGACAGGGGGAAGGGAGGAGAGAUCUCGGCUGCAGGGUGCAGGGGGCGUGCCAGCCACAGUCGUUGUUGCGCCGAUGCCCUGGGAGGCAGUCUAGUUUCGGGCGGGUAGUCAAAGACUUUUCUGCCUUGCUGGCUCGCGGGCACGAAGCCUCGCAUGGCUGAGCCGCAGGACCUGGCCGAUCCCGUCGAUUGACGUUUGUGUCGGCCAGUCUUGGCCUUUUUCCGAGGCGCCAGAGCCAGCGUGCGAGAGGGUUGCUGUUGCCGCACGUCCUGCCUCAGCUUUAGCGCCUCCUACCGAGGCAGUUGACAGGAGGUACGAGCAGGCGGGGUCUCAUCAACUUGAA